UUUAGGGGAAAUAGCGAUCUGACACGUAUUAUUCACAACUGAAACACAAAAAUUAUAAUAAUUUAUGGUAUUUAAACCAUCGCAACACAAAGCAGUGAAACAGUUAAUUUAGAAUUCAAUAAAUUCUCAGAUAUUUUAUAAAAACAUUCUAUAAAUUUCGUUGGAGAUGAGCGCAGUAGAACAACCCUGUUAUACCCUGAUUAAUGCUUCCUCCGACUCGGAGCCUUAUAACGAAAUGCAGCUAAAAAGCGAUCUGGAAAAGGGAGAUACUGAUCAAAAAAUUGAAGCUUUGAAGAAAACAAUUCGUAUGAUUCUAGCUGGAGAACGCUUGCCGCCUGGUUUUUUAAUGAUUAUUAUUCGCUAUGUACUUCCUUUGCAAGACCACACUGCGAAAAAAUUGCUGCUCAUUUUCUGGGAGAUUGUGCCGAAAACUUCGCCCGAUGGUAAACUACUGCAAGAGAUGAUUUUGGUGUGUGACGCUUAUCGCAAAGACCUCCAGCAUCCGAACGAAUUUUUGAGGGGUUCGACUUUGAGAUUUUUAUGUAAACUGAAGGAGCCUGAGCUUUUGGAGCCUUUAAUGCCAUCAAUCAGAGCUUGCUUGGAACACAGACAUAGUUAUGUACGCAGAAAUGCUGUUCUGGCCAUUUUUACCAUAUAUAGAAACUUUGAAUUUCUAAUACCGGACGCUCCCGAAUUAAUCUCAAAUUAUUUGGAUGGAGAACAAGACAUGUCGUGCAAGAGGAAUGCUUUUUUAAUGCUUUUGCAUGCAGAUCAGGACCGGGCACUGGCUUACCUGAGCUCAUGUCUAGAUCAGGUCACUAGUUUUGGGGAUAUUCUGCAGUUAGUUAUUGUAGAACUUAUUUAUAAAGUUUGUCACAAUAAUCCAGCAGAGAGGUCAAGGUUUAUCCGGUGUAUUUACAAUUUACUUAACUCUAAUAGUGCUGCUGUCCGAUAUGAAGCUGCAGGGACCUUAGUAACCCUGUCUAGUGCACCCACUGCAAUUAGAGCUGUGGCGAGUUGUUAUAUAGAUCUAAUUAUCAAAGAAAGUGACAACAAUGUUAAAUUAAUUGUGCUAGACAAAUUAGUUAGUUUAGGGGAACACCCAAAUUAUAAUCGAGUACUCCAGGAACUCGUGAUGGAUAUACUGAGGGUUUUAUCGAGUCCCGACCUAGAAGUCAGGCGCAAGACCCUCAAUUUGGCUAUGGAGUUAGUCAAUUCGCGUAAUAUUGAAGAAAUGGUUAUGUUUCUAAAAAAGGAAGUGUCAAAAACAGUAGAUUCUGAGCAGGAAGAUACUGGGAAGUAUCGACAGCUACUUGUUAGAACUUUGCACACUUGUUGCAUUAAAUUCCCGGACGUUGCCACAACCAUUAUUCCUGUGCUGGUCGAGUUUCUCUCCGAUAACAAUGAACUGGCUGCCGGAGAUGUGUUGGUGUUUGUCAGGGAGGCGGUACAGAAGUUUGAGAAUCUGCAACCACUCAUCAUAGAGAAACUCCUGGAGUCUUUCAAGGACAUUAAAUCAGUCAAAGUGCACCGGGCAGCUUUGUGGAUUUUGGGAGAAUAUUCCACCUCGAUUGCAGAUAUUGAAGCUGUUAUCAGGGAGGUAACCAACACUCUAGGGGAGGGGUCCUUGGUGGCAGCCGAGCACCGCUUAAGUCAAGGAGAGUCGGAGGAAAAAACUUCAGAAAGUGGAACCGGCCAGGUUGUAACCACCUUGGUUACCUCAGAUGGAACCUAUGCCACCCAAUCCGCUUUUAACACAGUGCAAAAAUCCAAAAAAGAACAGCGCCCGACAUUGCGUCAGUACUUAAUAGACGGUGACUUUUUCAUCGGCGCGGCACUAGCGUCGACACUGACCAAACUAGCAUUGAGGUACGGCAACCUGACAUCGGCAGAUAAACGCAACAGGUUCGAUGCCGAGAUCAUGUUAAUUAUGAGCAGCAUCAUACAUCUUGGACAGUCAGGUUUACCCACAAAACCAAUCACUAACGACGAUAGAGACCACAUCCUGCUUUGUCUCCGCGUCAUUUCCGAUCGCUCGCAGGCCAUAAUCGACAUAUUCACCCGGUACUGUCGCAGGGCCCUGAACGACAUGCUACUGGCCAAGGAGCUCGAAGAGGCGACCAAUCAGAAAGCCAAGGAAAAAAGCAGCGCGAAGAUUCAGACCGACGACCCAAUCAACUUCUUGCAGCUUGAAGCGGUCAAGAGCGGCGAACUGGGCGAAAAUAUGUUCGAAACGUCGCUAUCCCAAGCUUUGAUCGGCGGCAGAGGUACCGGAUCGGAGGCUGCCAGCGGUGUCAGCAAACUGAACAAGGUCACGCAGCUCACCGGCUUCUCCGAUCCCGUGUAUGCAGAAGCCUACGUUCAAGUCAAUCAGUACGACAUAGUUCUCGACGUCCUUAUCGUCAAUCAAACCAAUGACACCCUGCAAAAUUGUACAUUGGAAUUAGCCACGUUGGGCGACUUGAAGCUGGUUGAAAAACCGCAGCCGGUGGUUUUGGCUCCAAAAGAUUUCUGUAACAUCAAAGCGAAUGUUAAGGUCGCUUCCACAGAGAACGGCAUUAUAUUCGGUAAUAUAGUUUAUGAUGUAACCGGCGCCGCCUCGGACAGAAACGUCGUCGUAUUAAAUGACAUCCAUAUAGACAUUAUGGAUUAUAUUGUCCCAGCCGCAUGCUCCGACACAGAGUUCAUGAGGAUGUGGGCAGAGUUCGAGUGGGAAAACAAAGUCACAGUUAACACUCCCCUAACGGACUUGAAUGAAUACCUGAAGCACUUGAUUAAAAGCACAAACAUGAAGUGCUUGACGCCGGAGAAGGCACUGUCAGGCCAGUGCGGUUUUAUGGCCGCCAACAUGUACGCGAAAUCCAUAUUCGGAGAAGACGCGCUCGCCAAUUUAAGCAUUGAGAAGCCUUUCAACAAACCCGACGCCCCCGUUCAAGGGCAUAUAAGGAUCAGGGCGAAAAGCCAGGGAAUGGCUCUGAGCUUAGGAGAUAAAAUCAAUCUCAGUCAGAAGUCCGGUCAACAGAGUAAAGUUGCGGCCGCAUAGAUGAGCCAAGUCAUUCCAAUAAACAGAAUAUUUUUUUAGUUCUUUUGUUAAUAGCGUUUAGGAAUAUAACAUGUAUUAUGGAUUAUCAGUAAACAAACGUAUGUUAUGUAUCAAAAAAA